GAGGGAGGUGGGGAGGAAGCCUUCAAUCUGCCUUUAAACAGCAGCACAGCCGUCGCUGCUUGUGCAAAAUAAAAUAAAAGUGGUGCAAACUCCUCCCCUCAGACGUGAGGGGGGGCCUUAAAAAAACAGAAGUUGCAAUAGUUUGUUCCAGUGGAGGAUUGCGCACGAGAGUGGGAGCAAUGCACUGGAUACUGACGCUGCAUUCCUGGAAAUUUUCCUAGAAAUGGAAGGGGUUGGAAACGCGAUGCAGAAGAAAGCUGUCGGGUUUGAGCACAUGGCAGAGGUUUUAAUCGCCGGAGAGCAGCUAAGAUUGAGGCUUCAUGAAGAAAAAGUCAUCAAAGAUCGGCGAUACCAUCUCCGAACGUAUCCAAAUUGCUUUGUGGCUAAAGAAUUAAUCGAUUGGCUUCUAGAUCACAAAGAUGCUACUGAUAGGUCAACAGCAAUCAAAUUGAUUCAAAAGCUGUUAGACAAUAGUAUCAUCCACCACGUUUGUGAUGAACACAAAGAAUUUAAGGAUGCAAAGGUAUUUUAUCGCUUCAGAAAAGAUGAUGGAACUUUCCCGCUGGACAGUGAAGUCAGGGUUUUCACAAGAGGACAAAGGUUGUAUGAAAAGCUGAUGAACUCUGAAAGCUUGCUGAUGCAAAUCCGGGAGGAAGAAGGGGAGAAAUACCAGCGCACCUUUGUAGCUUGUGAACUUAUCGACUGGCUGAUGCAAGAAGGAGAGGUUGCCACAAGAAGUGAAGGAGAACAGCUUUGUUGUAGGCUGUUAGAUCAUGGCAUUAUUCAGCAUGUGGCCAAUAAGCCCCACUUUGUGGACAGUAACCUCCUGUACCAGUUCCGGACGAACUUUCGAAGAAGGCGACGUCUGCUAGAGCUGCUAAGUGAGAACCCAGCCUCGGUGCCUGAUAGCCAUGAGAGCCCUUUCUGUUUGCGCAAACAGAAUUCAGACAACAGCAACAUCAGUUUCCUCUCAGUGAGCCCCACUAAGGAAAUCAAGAUAGUUUCUGCUGUGCGGCGUAGUAGCAUGAGCAGCAGUUGCGGCAGCAGUGGUUACUACAGCAGUAGCCCCACCCUCAGCAGCAGCCCCCCUGUGAUGUGCAACCCCAAGUCUGUAUUGAAGAAGGCCUUGACUCCCGAAGAACUCCUAACUCCAGGGGCACCAUAUAUGAAGAGGGCAUUAACUAUUGUCGGAGAUGCAGUUGGCUGGGGGUUUGUUGUCCGUGGAGGUAAGCCUUGCCACAUCCAGGCAGUGGAUCCCAGUGGUCCUGCCGCUGCUUCAGGAAUGAAGGUUCGUCAGUUUAUCGUCUCUGUGAAUGGCCUGAAUGUUCUUCACGUGGAUUAUAGAACUGUCAGCAAUCUCAUUCUGACUGGUCCACGUACCAUAGUGAUGGAGGUUAUGGAGGAAAUGAACUUCUGAGCCGGAUUGGUCAUCUGGAAACAUGAAAAGAUCUGAGCAGAGGCAUCAGAGGAGCAGGGUGAAAAUGUGCACAAGCUUACAGACACCACAAUAAGGGAAUCUCAGACAGAGUUCUUAGCUUCAGGAAUGGAGCUCCACCCAGUUUCACACUAAUCUUUGGUUUGGCUAUAAAUAUCUGAAUGUCUCUCUUUAAUAUUUUCAACACUGCAUCAAGAAUUUAUCUUUAUCUGGGCUGCCAGGCAAUAGGCCUUGUGUUUUAGUAACGCAUAAGGGAUUUCCAUUAUUUAAAACCACUCCACUGUCCCUCCAGAACAUUUUUACCUUUUCUCCUUUCUUCCCCAAUCCUGCCCUAAUCUCCCCAUAAAGGAAUACAAAGUAUAAGUUGGACAAGUUCAACUUUAGAUACAAAUGUUUCCUGAUCUUAUACUUGGUGGAUUUGUGAUUGCACUUUACCAACCAAAAAAUGAAAUUAUUCUAUUCCUUCAAAAAAACUCAGUCAUUUUGUAUAAAAUGUGCCUGUAAGGAGACUGACCUUUAAGAAGGGGGAAUGUCAGAAGAAGCAAAACUGAUUUAUUGAGAGGAGUACAUAGAAAAGGAUUAUGUUCCCCAAAAUUACAGGGGAUUUCUAGUACAAAACAAAUAGUACAUGUUGCAAACAUGAAAAAUCCUGGGCACUGUUUUUUGCAGAAGGCAAACUGAAUCAGCACUGCACUGAAAGAUAACCCAGGGAACAGAUCUGCAGUUCCUCCUACAUCUGCAGCUUUGCUGCAUCGCUCAUCAUAAUAAAUGUGAUCGCCCUUUCAACAUCUUGAGAAAUAAUUAGGGUGAGGCUGUCCACCCAGUUUCACACUAACCUUUGAUUUGGUUAUAAAUAUCUCUUUUUAAUAUUUUCAACACUGAAUCAAGGAUCUGCUUUAUCUGGGCUACCAGGCAAUAGGCCUUGUGUUUUAGUAACGCAUAAGGGAUUUCCAUAAGCGUUCUACAAGCGUUUUUUGUCAAACAUUUCAGGUACCUUUCUCCAGAAAUUAUCUGAACCAGAAGAUGAAUAAUAGAAAAUGUUAACACACAUUGUUGAAUGUAGAUCAUGAAAAUCCUCUGAGAUGUUAGAGGGCAACAUCUGUCUGUUUCAUUCCACUCAGAUUGAAGGGAUUUGAGUGAAUCCAAAGAAAAUGGAUUGUCUAUCUUAAAUAAAUGGAGGAGGAAGAAAAUCCUGCCUUGGCUUUUCCCUCUGAGGUUUUUCAUUCACAGAACAUUGAGACUGGAAGGGAGUGGGUUGUAUAGGGUUUGCAUGGGAAAGUACAGUGACUAUAAACCCUAGGUGACCUGAAAUCGGAGCUGUGGCUUCUUGUAGCCCACAUUUUCUAGUGAGUCUAUUGUCAAACGAACUCACCUGCAUGGAGGUGAGGUAUCACUCCUCUAUUGGAUCUAUGCAGAAUUUGAAGACUUAUUUCUAGAGUAGAAUUGUUGUUUAAAGUAAACUUCUGAUAAUUCAACCCUGGCUUAACUUAUCACUACCACUUAAGUCAUGCUGUCAAUAUCCUGGCCGCAGUUGUUUAUGUAUUUUACAUAUGCGUAACUCGCCAUUCUGGAUAACUCGUCACUGAGUCCUUUCUCCUUGGAAUGAUGAGUUAUCGGGAGUUUACUGUAUAUUGAAAAUGAGCGUCAGGACUAGUGCAGGUUCCCAAAUUUUUCAACGGUAUCAAAGUUUUGUGGCUUGUUUUGGAUUGUUUAUCUUUUUGAAGUAGAACCAUUCUUUCUGUGCUAGAUUUCAUCAUCAUGGAGAGGAAAAUAAACAUUUUAGGGAUAACCAUGGCUCUCAUUGUAAUUUGAAAUUAGCUUCUGGUACAGACUUGUUUCAAACUCUUUCAAAUAUAUUUAGGCUUUUGCAGAUAAUGACUUUUUUUUUAUAGAAACAAGCAAUAAUGAGGAAAUAUGGGAUUCUGAAUGUCCCUCCUUGGUGCCUCAAUUAAAAAAUGCACUGACAACUUUUUAACAGAAACUGUUAUGGUACUGCAAGCUUAUUUUACAUACAUAGUAGAUGGUGCUAAGUAGAUAAAUAAAUAGUGGGAUCAGGAGUAACUCUCUUGUUGGGCAUUGUAGAGAAGACAUGGGGGCAAGAAAGUGAUUGGUUCAUGUUCUUAUGGCUAGUAUAUUUAUCAAACUGAAACUAUGAUUUUACAGUGGGUACGUUUAGUGAUGGCAACUGAGAAUCCAACGUGUCUAACAGAUAAUCUUAUUCUUUACUCAGCCCUUAUCCCCCCACCCCCUUGCCCUGUCCCGUCCCAGUCCAUACACUAGCGGCACUAAUAAAUAAAGCUUCCACUCAGAGAGCCAGUUGCCACCAAUUCCUUAUUUUUAGAACAAAGGUGAACCAGGAUGGUAUCUCCCCAGAAUGGUGUAACCAAGUAUUUUAUUGAAGAGUGUGAAAUGUAACCCUAUCCAACGUAAAGGACUUCAACUUACACAAAGCAUUAGGGAUAUGUGACACACACUACUGUUGGUGAGACGAUCUUGUCUUGUGGGCAUGCAGUUUGUCCUGAACCACUUUAUCAUUCAGCAUACUUUUACACUGGGGAACAACCCAUGCUGCUAUGACUUCACAUGUGAAUUUGUUUGUGUAUGAGAAAUAUUAUUCCCCUACGCAUUGGAACACGUCAGUCAUGGAACAGGAUAUGGUUCCUUUGUUUAUGUGCAAAAUUACAAGGGUUAUUUUCAUUAAAGGGCAUCAGCAGUGCUGAGCUGAGGGAUGAGGGUAAUUUCUCAAAAGAAAGUUAAGAUUCAGAUAUGCAAACUAAGUAAAAAAAACUUGCCAUACAAACAUAUAAAUAUUGGCUUAUGCCGCAUCUAGGAUAAGAAUUGUUAACAAUUAGGAUAAAAAAAUCAAUGUGCAAAGGAGAUGUAAAAGAAGCUACACCAGUGUUGCCUUUAUUGUGUUUCAAACUGGAUUAUGUGGCUUAUGGUGAAAUGCUCUUUCAGGAAUAAAUGGGGCAGCAGUGCCCUGUAAAGGAGUCCAUAAUCUAAAAGUGCUCGCUUUUCACCAGGGAGUUUAGCAGAUGUUUAGGUGGAAUUAAUCUAAUUGAACAUGAUGCAAGGUGGUUUUCUUUAUUGGGGCUACGGGGGUGGGGGGGAAAGAAGGAAGAGAGAAGAAAUUAUGCCCUACGAGGAAACGAUGGGAGAGGUGUGGAUUGCUGAAACCGGUCAUGUGUUUUUUCAUACAGUGCAAACUGACAUAAAAGAAUGAAGUGCCACACAUCUUGCUAGCCUUCUCACCUCGAGGUUAGAACUUUGUGGGCUCAGAUCCCAUGUCAGGACUUGAAGCUGACACAAGUGCAGUACUCGGUGGGAGCACUGCAUUGUCAGAGGUAGCAGCUUUCAGAGGAGACGUUAGGAUGAGUUUUCACCUGCCUGUGCACGUGAGCAUUUAUCAACCCAUGACACCAUCUAAAAAGAGAAGGAGUCCUGGCCAACAAUCCACCAUAGUAAUUAGCCGUUCAACUCAUCACUGUUUGUGGGACCUGUACAAAUGGCAACCGCAUUUGCAUACAAAAUAAAUCACGACACCAGCAUUUUGAUAAAUACUUUGACUUAAUGAAAAUAAAAAAAUGCAAAUUUUCUUCAAACAAGAAACCCUUGUCCUGAAUAUAAUCAUGGAGGUCGGUUCCCUUUCAUCAUUUCUCCAACCACUUCAGACAGAAUAGUUUCCAGUAGCAGCAGUUUAGUGCUGUAAUGCAGAAUCAGUGGUGACCUGGUGUCGCCUGCCAUUGCACUGGUAGGACACUUUUAAAUAUCACUUAGAGUUUAUUCAGUUAUUGAACUAACUUUGCAGCGCUGCUGAAGGUGAAGAUUUCUAUAUUGCUGACAUUUUCCCUAUAAUUAAAGAGUCAGUCAUACACUGCUCCUAUUACCCAGGAAACACAAAGAGAUGCAAUUUUUGUCUCAUUCAGUGACAAAAGGACUAUCGUUAUAGUGAUGGCUGUUUGCAACACCCAGCUUUAAUUAUUUCUCUCUGACUGGUACAAAGUUAGAAAAUUCAGCAAAAUACAUUGGAGCGCAAGUGUGCAUUUCAAAGCAAUAGCUUGGUGCCCGGCCUUUACACUUAUUAUAUUCAACCUCACAGUGUUUUAAUUACUCACCUCUCAAUAUUUUUCAAAUUGGUUGUUUCAAACACCAUCUCAUGGAAAUGUAUAAUCUAACUGAAGCGAUACCACAUAUUUUAAACUCAGUACAAUAUUACUGCAAUGUACAACUACUCUGUCCUCCCCGGCCCCCUUUCCCCGCUGCUAAACACACAUAAUAAAAUUUGACUCAAAUUUGGGUGUAAAUAGAAUAUAACAAGUAGCUAAGGACUAAAUGACAAUUUUACUUGCAUGCACAUUCUAUAAUUAUGCUUCUGUACAAGUAUACAUUCAGCGGAGAGUUGACCUCUCUAAGCAUUGCACUUUCUUGGCUUUGAAUGUGGUAGGGAAAUGGUUAAUCUACACCUGUGUGCACUUGUGACACGGUGGAAGGUACAAAAGUUUGUUUUUCUCCAUGUAAUUAGUUGACCUGACCUAUAGACUGUUCUUGGGGCUGUUUUAUUUCAUAUGAGAUGGAGUAAUAAACAGACCUUGAAGUCAAGCAGUACAGCCUUGCUCGAAAGUCAUAAAAAACAAAGACCUACAGUAAAAAUGACGUGAGUUGGAAGUGUACAGUUUGUUAACUUGUAAAGAAUGAUUGCAUCCCACAGCUGUUUUUCAGUGUAAGCAAAACCUUAAUAUCCAGCCACAUAAUGCAAACAAUAGCUCUGGAUAUAUACAAUGGUAUCUAAAUCAAUGCAUGAUAAAAUUAUUAAAUGUAAUGCUUUGCUGGGUAUUGGGUUAUGGCAUUACUUUGUAAAUAAUAAAUAAAUUGGAUUACCAAUUACUGUUUGCUUUAUAAUGAGGAGUCAUGCAAUGUUUGAUGACUUUAUUGGAAUUAUGACAAACUAAGUCAUAUCUCUUGACAUUUCGAGCAUGAUCCAAGAUUAGGUAACUAACUGAACUAGUUACGAGAAUGUUGACUAAACUAUUGCGUUAACCUUUUUUGGUGCCAUUUGUAAGACAGGUACGUCCAUCAGUCUCGUGCAAUGGGAGCCAUCUGCAAGUAGGGAGGCUACAUGGACGAAUGCGUAUCAUUCUUUUUCAGAAAUUCUAUUUUGUACAUGGAAAUAUUUUAAAAAGAAAACAAAUGCAGCAUUUUUAGAAACUUCUAUAUAAAGUAGGAUUUUUUUUAAAUACCAGGGUAUAUAAAGGAUUUUCAAUUUGCUGUAUAAAUGCUCCAAUUGUUUGAUCAACAUGUGUUUGUCUGGUACUAUCUGUAUACCUGUUUGAUUGAGAGGCUCACUGAUAAUCUAUCGGCAAUCGGUCUGACUUGGGUCAUUUCGAAACAAGUUCAAGGUCUUUAUUUUAUAGUAGUUAUAACUCUGUAGUAAGAAGAUGGAUUAUUGUUAAACAGUGAUGGGCAUUUCAGAACCACAAGAAUUGGCCAAAAAAAAUUUAUAAAUCAGAUAUUUUUUAUUACACCGCAUUGAAGGAUGUUGUACUGUAUCAUUUACCACUGUCACCAGUGGAGCUAAGAAUAUUUACUGCUUAUCUCUCCAACUCCAAAUGUUUCCCCACAUGUACAAUAAAUUCAAGUGAACUUUCAAUGUUGCUAUUUCUUGUUGUUACAAAUUUAUUCAGGAUUGUCGAGAAAAAUGCCCAUAAAGGUUUUACCUGAAUUCAGACUGUUGGUGAUGGUUGCUUUUUUUAAAAUAAAAGAUCAGAAUUUAUAUACAAAGUUAUUUUUGUAAAUCGGUAAAGUGGCAUUUUAUUGGCUAAUGGUAUUAAUAGUGCAAAGAAGUGUAACGUGACAGAUUGCUGUAGCUCAGAAUGUGAAAUAAAUCUUGGUUUAAUUUGUUCUUUUAAAACAAAA